AUAGAAAAAUCAACCAAAAUGUCCUCAACAACCAAUCCACAAAAAGAAUUGACACCACUAACCAGGGCUGCUUUGCAAGUUGUGGCCGGUGGUUCAGCUGGUUUUGUCGAAGUGUGCAUUAUGCAGCCCCUCGAUGUUGUCAAAACUCGCAUGCAGUUGGGCGGUGGAGUGCAUCAGUACAAAGGCGUUUUCGAUUGCUUUAGCAAAAUGUACCGCCACGAGGGCCUAUAUUCCUUCUGGAAGGGCAUUUUGCCACCCGUCAUUGCAGAAACCCCCAAGAGAGCCAUUAAAUUCGUAAUUUUCGAACAAACUAAGCCGCUGUUUUUGUUUGGAGCACCAGCCCCAACACCAUUGACUUUCUCCCUGGCCGGUUUAACUGCCGGUCUCCUCGAAGCCAUUGCCGUUAAUCCCUUCGAAGUCGUUAAGGUUGCCCAACAAGCCGACAAGACAAAAAUGAAAGAAGCACAAAGUACCUGGUCUGUAACGAAACAAAUUAUCCAAAAAGAUGGUUUCGGUUUCCGUGGCCUAAAUAAGGGCGUAACCGCCACUAUGGGUCGUAACGGUGUCUUCAAUAUGGUCUAUUUCGGUUUCUAUCACAGUGUCAAGAAUAUUGUACCCGCCUACGAUGAUCAUACAAAGGAAUUCUUACGUAAAGUAUUGAUCGGUUUCACCUCCGGCACGCUGGCCUGCUUUGUCAAUAUUCCCUUCGAUGUGGCGAAAUCACGCAUCCAGGGACCUCAGCCCCAACCCGGUGUCAUCAAGUACAAAUCAACAUUCGGUUCAAUGGCUUUGGUGUAUCGUGAAGAAGGUUUCCGUGCUUUGUAUAAGGGUUUGGCGCCAAAGAUUAUGCGUUUGGGUCCCGGUGGUGCUAUUAUGUUGUUGGUCUUUGAAUACGCCUAUGAAUAUUUGCAAAAGAAAUGCCUGUAA